UGUAGUUGAAGAAAAAUUGGAAAAUAACAUAACCUCAAAAUUAAAUUGAUUAUUCCAUCUUUAAUCAAUAAAAUGGCAUUGUCUUUAUUUAGAAUUUGUGCUAGAACUUUCAAUACACCAAUAAGAUCGACAUUAGUUUGUAAUGCGAAGAACGUACACGAAAGAAGCUGUGUGAGGAAUCUACAUGCCACAAAAGCAUCUAUGUUUCCAUCUACUACAGGGCAAAGUUUCACUCCUGUUAAGCAAGAGGUUUUAACUGAUGAUUUACCAAAGGAAGAAAAACGAUUUGCUGAUGAAACAAUCGCACUGGUGAACAAUCAAAUCAAAGAAAACAAAGAGGGUCGACUUUUUGCAGUUAUCCAUGUAGCUGGAAAGCAAUUCAAAGUGACAAGUGAAGAUAUAAUCAUCGUUCAUGGCCACUGGGACCCAAAACCUGGAAAUGUGAUUGAAUUCGAAAAGGUUCUUAUGGUGGGAGGUAAAGAUUUCUCAUUGCUGGGAAGGCCGGUAUUACCAGUGGGUCUUGUCACAGUGAAGGGUACAAUCGUUGAAAAGGAUUUGUCCCACACAAAAACACACUUCAAUCUUUUCAGGAGAAAACAGCACAGGCGUAUUAAUUUUAUAAGGAGUGAGCACACCAUGAUCCGUAUCAAUGAGAUAAAAAUCGGAGGAGAAGUGGGUGCUAUUGAAAACGAAGAGGGUGUUAGGAGGAUAGAGCGUUAGUGUACAUUAAUCUAGUUUUUCAUUACCAAUAAAAUCAUAAUGUUUAUCUA